AUUUUGAUCAGCACAACAGAUUGUCAGUUUGACACUGAUAUGAUAUGAAUCGGAUUUUAUGAUUGUGAAUUUCUCUGAAAUUAAAUCGGAAAUUAAGAAAUAUUUUGUCCCUAAGAUGGUUGUGCCUAGUCCAUUUGUAUAUUGGGCUCAAACUGAUAAGUUAAUAACCUUGAAAAUUGAUUUGAAAAAUGUCGUCAAGCCAGACGUAGAUAUUGUUGAUAAUAAGAUAAAGUUUUUCGGAAAAGGCAUCGGUGCGCACGGCGAAACCCAAUAUGGAUUUAAUUUGGAUUUAUUUUCAUCACUUAAGUCUGACGAUGAUCAAACUACUACAAUUAAACUGUUCGAUAAUAGAGUAGAGUUGAUAUUAAAGAAAGAAAAAGAUGCUUGGUGGCCCCGCCUUACUGCACAGCCUCAAAAACCAGCAUGGUUGAAGAUUAAUUUUGAUCUCUGGAAAUCUGAAGAUGGUAUAGACAGUGAUGAUGAAGCCAGAGAUGUAAUGAAGGACUAUCCUGGAAUGUAUGAUCAACUACAUAAAGAAGAAAUGGGGUAUAGAAAAGAAGAUUUCAAAAAGGUAUACUUGAUUGUAUACAAUUUGUUCCAAUUUAUCGGAUUUACGUAUGUCCUUGCGGUGAUGGGUGUGCGUUACGCUAAGCUGGAGUAUGACUCGGUAGCAGACACAUAUGAACAUGUUGGCUCUGCUAUGAAGUUCCUGCAGUUGAUGCAGUAUUUGGAAGUCAUGCAUCCAAUGUUCGGUUAUACUAAGGGUGGUGUGUUAGUACCAUUUCUACAGAUAAGUGGUCGAGCAUUUGUCCUGUUUGUGAUGAUAGAGGCUGAGCCCCGAAUGCAAACGAAACCUGUUGUCUUCUAUCUGUUCCUGAUAUGGGGUCUUAUUGAAGUUGUCAGGUAUCCAUUCUAUAUCACUCAAAUUUACAAGAAAGAGAUAUAUUUACUGACAUGGCUUCGAUAUACUCUGUGGAUACCUCUCUACCCAUUAGGAAUACUAUGUGAAUCAAUAGUUAUUCUGCGGAAUAUUCCGUAUUUUGAAGAAACGCAGAAGUUUUCUGUAUCAAUGCCUAAUGAAUGGAAUUUUGCAUUCCAUUUGCCGUCUUUAAUGAGAGUUUAUCUCUUAGUUUUAACAUUCCCCGGAAUGUUCUUUGUAAUGAGUCACAUGCAUAAACUAAGAACAGUAAAACUUAAACCAAAAGUGAUUAUAAAGAAAUCUAAAUAGAUAUUAUUUGUAUGAUGGGUUUUAUGCAAUAUUAGGGAUUGGGUUGUUUGAAGUAUAAUACAGACGCUCAUUUAUAACUGAACAGUUUAACUGUCCAGUUAAAACUGUAACAGCCUUGGAAAUAAACACAGAAUAAAGUUAAACUUAAUAAACUGAGUAUAAGCAAAUAUUAAUAAGUACAAAUUUUGCUUAUACUUAAUGUAUCCCUAAGUUUAACUUCAUACCGCGUUUAUUUUUAAGGCUGUUGGUGUAUAAAAAAGACUAUUGUAAUUGUACAGUUAAUUUUGCAUGUCAAUUGAAUUGUAUAGUAAACAAUUUGUCCAUCAGUUGUACUGUACAGUUAAAAUGUUUGCUUCACAUGCACAGUUUUAAUUGAACAGCUUGACAGUGAAAUUAUCAGAACUGAGUGUCUAGUGGGCUUAAUUUUUUAUGCAAAUUGACAACAUAAAAAACACAAAUGAAAAUUCCAUCUUGAAUUAUGCUUAUGAUAACACUAAUGCUGUAAUAAAUUAUAGCCAUUAGUAUUGUUUUUUACAUAAAAAUGUAUGAGCAUUCAUGUUCUGGGUAUAUUUUAUUUGUUUUACUAUAAAACAUGGGAGAAUGGUUUAGUUAAGAUUAUCAAAUGAACAAAAUUUCUGUAAGCUGAAGUUUGUAAGCAUUUAAAUCUAUUAAGAAAAUGUUUGGAACUGCAGUUUUUAAUGAGUUUACAGAAUUAUUAUUUCUUAAGUUAUCCAAAAGUGGUGAUAAACAAUUUUAUUUGUAAACCACUGCCUAUACUGACAAAAAUAUAUCCAUCUCUUUCACUCUAUGAAAAACAGAGAACAAUGUUUUUGUUUAGAUAUUUCGUGUGGAAUCCCACAAUGAAGUAAGAAAAUGACAUUUAUUUAUAAGCUUUAUGUUUCCAAUGUGAAUGUUUUUUUUACUUUU